AUGAACGCUGUUGAAGACCAGAAUGGCGAUGUCGAUCGUGUUGCUCUUUACAACGUCCCCAUCAACAAAUCGAUGGACAGACUUCUGCCGAACAACGCGAUCGUGGCCGUAAAAGAGCCUUUCUAUACGUCUACAAUAGACGGCGGAGUGCUCAUCAGAAUCGAUCAUCCCUCGGACUUGAUUCAGCUCAGGUCGGACAGCACCUUGAUACCUUCCAGCAUGAAGCCCGUUUCGAAGACGAGUCUCAGCCCUAUCGAGCUGAAAGAAAUGGGGAACGAGGCUUUCAGGCGGCGUGACUGGGAGACCGCUGCGGAUUGCUACUCCACAGCUCUGGGCAUGAACCUGGACAACGACGACCUGCGUCGCACUCUGCAUAGCAAUCGCUCCCAGGCUCGCAUAAAUCUUGGGCACUAUGAGCUAGCCAUCCAGGAUGCUCUCGUAGCCAUAGAACAAGGAGAUCAUGCUUCCGACGAGAACAAGUCGCAGAAUCGGAAGUCACUUCACCGUGCUGGCCGAGCUGCAUACGAAUUAGGCGACUUCUUCGCGGCCAAGCAAUACUUCUCCCGAGGAGUCGAACUAUCUCCCGAGAACAAGGAUCUGUUGCUGCAGCUUCAGCGAACAGAGAAACGCAUGAAGGAACAGAACAUCGGCGAGUUCGAUUUCAUAGCCAUGUCGAAUUCGGCGACGGAAGACAAUACAGUCUUGGAUCAUGCCUCAUUCCUCGGAAACACUAAAGUUGCCUCUGCAGAGGAUCACGGACGCGGACUGUUUGCUACCAACGAUCUGGCUCCAGGAGAUGUCAUUCUGGUCGAGAAGGCGUUCUACGCUACAUUCGAGAGAGAUGUUCCGAAGGAGAAGUCUGUAAUCGUCGACGUGAACAAGGGCCGAAUCAGCCUGGAAAGGCAAGCCGAGCGUAUUUACGGUACGAUUAACAAGAUACUCCACAACCCCAAGCAAGCAAGCCGCUACCUGGAUUUGUGUCAUGGUGGCGAAUUCCAGAACAAGUCUCUCAAGUUCGUGGACGGAAUGGCCACCGUCGACACGUUCCUCGUGCAGGCCAUAGACAGACUGAACGGCUUUGACUUCCCCGGCAUCAAGUCAACUAAAGACGGUUCAGGAGAAAAGACCAUAGCUGCGGGAAUAUGGCUGCACGUGUCUCUUGUCAACCACUCCUGUGUUCCAAACGCUGACCGCAGCUUCAUUGGCGACAUGAUGGUCGUUCGCGCUACCAGGGGCAUCAAAGCUGGGGAGGAGAUCAGUUUGAGCUACCUGGUUCCCAAUCACUCCUAUUUGGAGCGUAAAGAGCGCCUGUAUUUCUACGGCAUCGAGUGUGAUUGUCCGCUGUGUGAGGUUGAGAAGUUCAUGCCCGCUCAGGUACUCCGCAAACGUGCCACACUCGUCGAUGAGGUCAAUCAAUUCCUCUCCACAAAUGGUACCGGACCUCCGUCAACGCUUCCUGCCUCUGCAAUCAAGAACGCCGAAUAUCUCAUGACACAAUUGGAGGAAACAUACCCCGAGGAGCUGUACCAGCACCUUCCACGCCUGGCAUGUGUCCGUCUCGCACGCUGGCUGUGCUUGGUUGGUGGUCCGCCAGAGCAGCGCCUCGAGAGGGCGCUGCGAGGACUCCGAAACUACGGGUACUUUGUCGAAAUGAAGGCAAACGGUAUCACGGUUGAUCGAUCAUCUGCCAUUGUCGAGUCUCGGAGCCUGGCCGCUCCCACCAUCGCAGCCUCCGCAUGCAUGGCGUCGGGCAAGAUCGGCGCUGCUCGGCAGUUUCGGGAACUCAGAAAAGAGAUGUAUACCAUCCUCUACGCCUGUGAAAAUGGACUUGACGACAAGUAA